AUGUUACUGAAGCGGGUUCUCCUUACGGCGUUGCUCUCCUUGAGCUCUGUCAACGCUUUCCCUAAUCCAAAUCCCGCCAAUGACCUCGAGGCUAGAGAAGCUGAAGACAAUCUCGUUGCUCGUGGCGGUUACAACGACUGCGGCUCUUACGCCAGCUGGGACAAAGGAAAGAACUGCUGCGUCUGCAAAGACAACGGCAAGAACUAUGAUUCCAAGUCCAAGACGUGCAGCUGUCCUCCUGGGCAGGUCUGGAACGGCUACGGAUGCGUUGUAGACUGUGGCAAGCAAGCUCACUACGACAAGUGGCAAAAAAAAUGCAUUUGCAACAACAAUGGGCAAAUCUAUGACUCCAAGAGCAAAACUUGCAGCUGCCCCCCCGGAAAGGUCUGGAAUGGCAAGUCGUGCGUUCAGGACUGCGGCAAAGACGCUCACUAUGAUGCCGAUCAAAAGUGCUGUGUCUGCAACAAAAAGGGUCAGGUAUUCAAUUCUCAAAGCAAGACUUGUAGCUGCCCGCCAGGUCAAGUUUGGAACGGCUACGGAUGUGUUGUCGACUGCGGCAAGGAAGCUCACUACGAUAAAUCGCAAAAGAAAUGCGUCUGCAACAACAAUGGAGAGGUCUAUGAUUCCAAGAGCAAGACUUGCAGCUGCCCGCCUGGACAAGUCUGGAACGGCUACGGAUGCAUUGUUGAUUGUGGCAAGCAAGCACACUACGAUAAAUGGCAAAAGAAAUGUGUCUGCAACAACAACGGGGAGAUUUACAACUCUCAGACCAAGACCUGCAGCUGUCCCGACGGCCAGUAUUGGAACGGAAAGGCUUGCGUUGUUGAUUGUGGCAAGCAAGCCCACUACGACCAGCAGAAGAAGAAAUGCAUUUGCAACAACAACGGCGAGAUAUAUAAUUCCCAAAGCAAGACUUGCAGCUGCCCGCCUGGACAACAAGCACACUACGAUAAAUGGCAAAAGAAAUGUGUCUGCAACAACAACGGGGAGAUUUACAACUCUCAGAGCAAAACUUGCAGCUGCCCCGGUGGCCAGUAUUUCAAUGGAAAGAAGUGCGCCUGUCCGUAUGGCAAGGUGUGGAAUGGAAAACAGUGUGUAGAGGAUUGUGGAAAAGACGCUCACUUUGAUUGGAACCAAAAGAAGUGCAUUUGCAAUAAAAACGGCGAGAUUUUCAACUCUCAGACCAAGACUUGCAGCUGUCCCGACGGCCAGUAUUGGAACGGAAAGGCUUGCGUUUGUCCCUACGGCCAAACUUGGAAUGGAAAACAAUGCACUCCAAAUUGCGGCAAGGACGCUACCUAUGACACCCAAAAGAAGAAUUGCGUCUGCCCGGCUGGAACAGUUUGGAACGGCUACGCCUGUGUUCAAGAUUGCGGCAAGGACGCCCACUAUGACUCUUCGCAAAAGUGUUGCGUUUGCAACAACAAGGGCCAGGUUUUCAACUCCCAAAGCAAGACCUGCAGUUGUCCUUCUGGAACAACUUGGAACGGAUCUGCUUGCGUCAAGCCUCAGCCUGAUUGUGGCAAGGAUGCGCACUAUGAUCAGCAAAAGAAAUGCUGUGUGUGCAAUAAAAAGGGCCAGGUGUUCAAUUCUGGAAGCAAGACAUGCAGCUGCCCAGGAAACCAAUAUUGGAAUGGUAAUCAAUGCUCUUGUCCGUAUGGAUCUACAUGGGACAGCGGCAAGAAGACCUGCAAGCAAAACUCAUACUGAU